AAAAAUAAUAAAUACAACCGAACGUCGAGAUGACCCUAACCUCUAGGCCGACGGCGGAUCAUUAGGAAAAAAUAAAAAAUAAAACUAAUAAUAAAUGAAAAAUGUCUUCCCGUCCGCCGCGCCUUUAGUAUAAUAUAACAAUCUUUAGACGUAGUUUUUCUCCUUCUCUCUCUCUUUCUAUCGCCUUUUCGAAAACCUCACGGUUUCUCACGACUACCGGCCGACACGAAAAACCCGCGCGCGCGCGCGCGCGUGGGUGUACCUAACGAUAUUAUGGUUUUUAACCAUACCCGGUGCGUGCGCCUCGUGUGCGUACACGUAAAACGCCGGGGUAGCCGACCUGUUGGAAGGACAAAGGUGUACGUCUUCGGCAGAGAUGGACCGUGACGUCGGCGGCGGCGGAGUCUGUCCGGUCGACCGUAACAAUAAUUGGUGUGGGACGACGACGGUCGGCGGCGGCGGCGGCGACGGGGAGAGCGAGAGAGAGCGAGGCGAGCGAGUGAGAGAGAGGACAGUCGACCGGGCAUCCGUCCGAAACAAAGAACCUCCGUCGACGGUCGCCGCCGCCGCCGCCGCGUCCCUACCAUCGUCGGUGUCGGCCGGUCGGUCGGUUCGCCGGCCGGCUUCUCGGGACGACGACGACGACGACGACGACGCGUUAACCGGUGACAAAAGAAAACGCGCGCUCGCCUCCUAUCGAAACCCGAAUAAUAUUCGGACCGAAAUAUUUAUUAUUGUCGCGAUCGUUCAAAGGUUGUCGACCGACCCGGGCCGUACACACGACACGCGAGUUUUAGAAGGAAAAAAAAAAAUAAGAGAGAAAGAACGACGACAAUAA